CCCCGGGAAUCGACGUUCAUCUCUUUCUUUUGUCUUACGCAGUGGACUUACCCAGCUCAGCUCAACACCCGGAUUAUUCCGUCACGUUUCGUUUACGCACGCGACGCGCAGCGCUGUGGGUGUGUUUACGCGCAGUUUAGCGCCCCGUUUUACUGGGCUGCGCUGAGUUCAGCGCUGAGGAUCGGAUGGUCGGGUGGGAGAAGAUGGAGGACUCUCGAGGGGUGAUAAGAGGCGCCUGCAAUGCGUGCGGGUGCGCGCAGUACUACCCUGAAAGUGGAGGUGCAGAUGGCGAAGGAAGAAGCUGGAAGUGUAACGCUUGCGGUCAUGCACCUGCGAAGCACCGCAAACUCGGUGCGAAAAAGACGUGUCGCUACCCGGGGUGCUACUCGGGUUUGGAUUUUGACCCUAACACGGGCACGGAAAAGCCGUGGUGUCCGCAGCAUGAGGGGUACGAAGGACCCACAGAAGUGAUUCCUUCUGGAGGGGAUGUGAUGUGUGUGCAGGACGUCGAGUAUGGUGAUUUCAGUUACGAAGCAAGUUACGUAGCUGACGUAACGAGCGCCGUUCCCAUGCCGGUUUGGGGCCACCAGCCAGCGGGCAAGUUCAGGUAGUACAAAAUUAUUCAUCCUAAUGUUAUCCCAUCUCUCCACAUAGCUUAUCCAACUGGCAUGUUUGUGAGUGAUGGAUCAGGCGCAUUUUCAGUACCAAUGCAGCCUCCCGUAGCUCCUCCUGCUCAGUUCUAUCCGGGAUUUCAGGGAGUCGAUCACCUUCAGGCUAGAGUGGCGUCCAUGACAGUAGCCCAAUGCUCAGUGCCAGGCCAACAAAAGUGUGCCAUCCCCGAGUGCCCGAGACCCAGCUACAUGGAAAAGAAUGGCAAAGUCCACAAGUGCUGUGGACGAACGCAUGCUAGAGAGCUUGAGAAAAGACAAUCUCAACAAAAGCCACAGACUCAACAGGGAGUUGCUGCUCCUACAGCUACUGGACAGCUACCUGGACAGCUACAUGGACAGAAACCUGGGCAGACACCUGUACCAGGGCAGGUACCACGGCAGGCACCUGUGCCUGGACAGGCACCACCAGGGCAAGCAUCAUCUGGACCUCAGACUGUGCCUACUCUACCUUCAGGACUGAGGAAAUGUGCCAUUCAAGAGUGCCAGAAUCCGUGCUUUGUCGACCCAGCUGGAACUGUCCAUGAGUGCUGUGGGAUCACACAUGCCAUGGAGCACCAGAGGAGAAAGGCCAUUGAACAACAGAAACAAGUGAUUAAGGGGGUUACCCACUGUCUACUGCCAGAGUGCAACCAAAUUGUGUGGCCCUUCAAGAACUACUGUGGACGAACACAUGCAGACAUUGGCCACAAGAGGGGCCUUGAACCUCCAGCACCCCCACCAGCUGAUCCCAGUGUCCCUAAGGACAGCUCACUGUGUAUCAUCCCUGGAUGUAGCUCAAAGAAAUACUCAGAUCCCUCUGGAGUGACCCACCCCUACUGCGGGAAGACCCAUGCAGAGCUGGGGAAAAAGAUGAAUAUACUGCCUACUGCAGAUAAGCAGGAGGAUCAGUGUGAGCUGCCAGGAUGUAAGGCACCCAGGAGAAAGGAGGGUGGUCGAGUUCAUGAAUACUGUUGCCAGUCACAUGCUCAACAAGACGCUCCCAACAGGGCCGGUAAGUGUGUUUAGGACUAUAUAGGUAUUGUAGAAGUACUGUGUUUGUUGUACGUUUUUGCAGC